AUGAGGAUUCUAAGCAUUGGUAUGGGUGAUGAGUGCGAUGAUCUGAGACGCUUCUCAAAGUGGCUUGCAAGCACUGGAGACGGAAUACUCGGUGGAUCGAACGACGAAUGUGUCGAUAUUGACAUUCAUUAUGAUAUUAUUUUAAAAUCACAAGGGGAUCUUAUUGUUACUAUUGAGAGUACCUACCCAAUAUUCAACAGUUCAGGCGACGAUCUUAGUUAUCUGAAGGACAACGCGAUACUCGCUCCCACAAUUGAUGUCGUUGAGUCCGUUAACAAGUACGUGACCUCAGUGAACUCCUAUAAGAGAAGGAGCAUAGACACCCCUUGCAAGUCAGUCGAUGUAAUUGACUCUGUCGGGCGAAGAGAGUUAGUGGUGGUGGUGGAGCUUGGGUGGCUCUUGGCAGUGCCGAGCAAUGAGCAUGACGCCAGUAACACUUUAAAUGUCAACGAACAUAACAUAUACGUUUAA